AUGCUGCGGAAAGUAGUGUGGAAUCUUGCAAUCUUGCAUUUCCUCAACUAUAACGUCGUUGCCCCCAAUCAGAUUCAAGUGCUUCUGGAUAAGCGGGAGACUUUAUGUGCACACGCCGCUGCGUGGUUCAAGAAGUUUGAUCGCAACGAGGAUGGUCGUCUUUCCUUCACGGAGUUGGUGGAGCUGUGUAGUAGACUAAAUGCAGAUUUGCAAAUUCCGGGAGUUAGCGAUGCGACGGUAAUGCAGUGUCUGAGGAAGUUCGAUGUGGACGGUGAUGAGAUGCUCGAUCAGAAGGAGUUUGUGAACCUCUACUUCCGGUUGUUGCUAAAAGUGAAGGCACAGUACGCACCGUUGAAGGUUCGCAGAGAAUUCUUCCUGGACAAGAAACCAGGUGGGUAUUCACUGUGA